CGCUCCCCGCCUCCUUGCGCUCCCUCUCGCGGCUCGCCUGCACUUCCUCGCCUGCCUGCCUGCCUGCCGGAGCCGCGCGCGUCAGCAGCGCGCUCUUCGCUCGCCUCGCCACUGUGGGAAUGUGGCGGCGAUUGCCGCGAGGAGCCCGAAGCUCGGGGCUCUGACGGGGCACAUGCUUGGCGCCGCCGGCUCCCUGCUGCUUCUCCCGUCUCGCCCGGGAGCCGCGAAGAAGGAACCGCGGCAUGAAGGAGAAGGAGGCGACGGAGGGCGCGGGGGCAGCAGCACCACCACCGCCACCAACAGCCGCGCUAAGAGAGCCGGCAAGGCACCGCGUUGCCCGCUCGGAUCGAGCGUGUUGAGGCGUUCCAGGAGGGACACUUGCUGAUUCUAGAUCUUGAAAGCCACUGAUGUGAACUCAUUGUUGUCACCAUGACUGAAGCCCUCAUUUCGGCUGUCCUGAAUUUGACUGAAACCAAUGCACUGGCCAACAAUGUGACCAGCAAUGCCACUAACAAGUGUUCCUUGACCAAAACCGGUUUUCAGUUCUAUUACUUGCCAGCUGUCUAUAUCGUAGUCUUCAUCACUGGAUUCCUAGGCAACAGCGUGGCCAUCUGGAUGUUUGUCUUCCACAUGAGGCCAUGGAGUGGCAUCUCAGUUUACAUGUUCAAUUUAGCCCUAGCAGACUUCUUGUACGUCCUGACGCUCCCUGCCCUAAUAUUCUACUACUUCAAUCAAACGGACUGGAUCUUUGGAGAUUUCAUGUGCAAGCUGCAGAGAUUUAUCUUUCAUGUCAAUCUAUAUGGAAGCAUUUUGUUCCUCACAUGUAUCAGUGUGCACAGAUACACUGGGGUGGUGCAUCCUUUGAAAUCAUUAGGGAGACUGAAAAAAAAGAAUGCUGUUUACAUCAGCGCCCUGGUCUGGGUUAUCGUGGUGGUGGCAAUCUCUCCCAUCUUCUUUUACUCUGGAACUGAAGUAAGGAAAGUCAAAACCAUGGCGUGCUAUGACACAACAGUAGACAAUUACCUGCGUAGCUACUUUAUUUACAGCAUGUGCACCACUGUCUUCUUGUUUUGCAUCCCGUUCAUUCUGAUCCUCGGUUGCUAUGGAUUAAUCGUGAAAGCACUGAUUUACAAAGAUUUAGACAAUUCUCCGCUUAGGAGGAAAUCAAUUUACUUGGUUAUUAUAGUGUUGGCAGUAUUUGCUGUGUCUUAUCUUCCUUUCCACGUGAUGAAAAACUUGAAUCUACGCGCCCGGCUGGAUUUUCAGACUCCGGAAAUGUGUGCAUUUAACAACAGGGUUUAUGCUACCUACCAAGUAACUCGAGGGCUAGCGAGUCUCAACAGCUGCGUGGAUCCUAUUUUAUAUUUUUUGGCUGGAGACACUUUUCGGAGAAAGCUCUCAAGGGCAACUCGGAAAGCCUCAAGACGGAGUGAGCUCAACGUGCAAUCCAAAAGUGAGGAUAUGACUCUGAGUAUUUUAUCUGAGUGCAAACAAAAUGGAGACACAAGCUUAUGAAUGGUUCCUUGUCCCUUCCUUUUCCUUCCCUUCCUUCCCCUGCUUUUUUCUUCUUCGCAAACACUCUCUAUCCUUUGCCAUCCUAACUUUUAAUUCUUAUAAUACUGAUUUUGUGCAUUAAAAAAGCCCAAAUCAUAACCAGUGAAGAACAUGUGUGCAUAUGUUUGUGUGUGUGUAUGUGUGUUAAACCAUCUUUUAGUUGCCUAAAAGACUUUGAGGAAAUGAAGUGAAAUUGAAAUUCUUUUAAAGGAAAAAAUGAGAAAAGUGUUUAAAAUGUUAAUGUAAUGGAAACCAUGGUGGCAUGUACAAUUUAAAGAGAGAAGAGAUUAGGAGUCUCUCCCUAUAUACAACCAUAUCCUUGACUUAAAAAAACCUGAGAAAUCAAAUAGUUGUGUAAGAUCCAAGUCUACUCUUCUAUGUCCAAAUCUCUUCCUUGUUCAUUGCUGUGGUCAUAGGAAGUGAAGGAUGAUCUAUGAAUGCCAGACCCAUUAUGGGCUAAUACAAAAUCCUCAAGAAUAUUAUAGCUCAUUACAUUCAUUUAAAAGAACAAAAGCCCUUCCAGCAGUUGGCCAUACUUUACUCAGUUAAUCAAUAAGAAGCCUGCUCUUACUUCUUUAUUUUAUUAUAGUUGAUUUUGGUUUCAUAAUUAACUCAAUGCAUAUUAGCCAGUUUGAAUUUAUUACUUUUUAUAUUGAUUUGGGGUACUUUCCCGGUGUACUUGUAAGUUCCCUUAUUGUAGCAAUUUUGGAUGGAGAAUUAAAUUUCUGUGCACUUUAUCAUUUUGGAUUCUUACUGAGAAUCCAUUAUCAUUUAUUUUGUGAUUUGUUCUAGCCGACCUAUCAAAGCAGAUAAUGUUCCCUCCCAAGUCUGGAUCAAUGUAGAAAGUAGAACUUUGCAGCACUUUGGAUUUGAUUCCAAGAAGGUAUUUCAAAACAAGUUCCUACGAAUGCGCUGACUACUUUUAAGACUUGCAAAUUAGAGCUAUGGUUGGGUUCUGCACAUUCAAACCAUCUUUAUGGAACUGAACCUGAAUCAUUGCAUAAUCCUAUCAAAUAGUCAUCCCCAAUCUGGUGUCUUUAGCAGCUACCCCAAGAAUGAUUACCUAAUACAUCUGGAAGCCUCCAUAAUAGCACAGGUUGAUGUGAAUGUAAAUAGUAUAUACCAUAGGAUAAUAGACUAUCAUUCACUUACUCAUUAUUCAUUUACCCAUGCAGGAUUCGGGAUUUAGCAUAUGCUGGAAAAUGUGAGUUAAUGGUUCUACCUGUAUAGAAUAAAAUAUAAUUUUUUUGCUUUGGUUGAUAAUACCAAUAAUAAUAAUAUUGAUAUGGCUAGGACUGGGGCAAUCCAGUUGAGCUCUUGAUAUGCCUUUCCUACAUGCCUUGAUAUUUAUUUGCUGGUGGAAAUGUUCAUAUGAAUAUAAAUUCUGUUAGCAACACAAAAAUUGGAUAUAACUACUUUUCUGUUGUUUAGCUCAUUGUGUUUGUUAUUUUCAGAAGACACGUCCUCAAAGCCUUUAAAAAUCUCUCACCGUAGCAAAUAUAACAUAUCUCCUCCACUUAAGUGAUGUGAUUCCUAUUCGGCAAUUUAGAUCAUUGCCUAAUUUUCGAGUUGGUCUCAGUUUUUCACUGGAUAAAAUAAUGAAGCUUAUCUAACAGGCUAUAUUUUUGACAGCAUAAAGACAGGGAUUUGAUUUAUUUUUAGGUUUAAUUUGUUUGUGUUAAACUAAAGCACUUUGCAUGACAACAGCUUUUUUCAGGCAAAUUGUUUACUUCUCUAAUAUAUGCUUUAGUUCUCCCCCGUCUCCCAGAACAAGCAAAAACUGACAUUGCUUUUGAUUACUGGAAAAAAAUACGCACAUCAGAAAGACCUUGGUGCCCAACUCCACAUUUGAGGAAUUUAGGAAUUCAUGCAGUCCGAGGGAGAAAUGGUUUAUUUAUUUGAAAUUGGGAAAACCAGUUCAGUUAGGCUGCCUACAUGGCUCUGCCUCAUCUGAUUUAGAUCUAUAGAGAGGACUUUCAGGCUUUUCCAACCAAUGCAUGAAAAGUGAUAGGGCAACAAGGCAGUAUGUCAGCUGAGGAAUUCUGGGAGUUGAGUUCCACACAUCUUUGUUGCUGAGAUCGAAAACACUGGGUUAAAUGCUUGAAUAGGGCUCUCCCAUACCCUCAUAUGUGUACGUGUUUGAAUUAGUUCUUUAUCAUCCCUUCAUUUCCAACUUAUGUGGGUUUUAAACUCUUAAGGACAUGCUUGAAUUUGUUUAUGUUCGAUUUUUCACCAUUAAACAGCAUAGAUUUUAAAACAGAUAGGAUGUUAAUCUCUGUAUGAGCUGUCAACAUCUAAGACACACUUUGACAGAACCAUUUUAGUGGUAAUAUCUAAUUACUGGAAAUCAUUAUUGUGGGAGUUCCACUGACUAUCUUUUUCAUUAGUUUCAAGUUGAUAGGUGAAGAUCUUUGGGUUUACAUAGAUUUUUUUUAUGUAACCUUUAUGUCUACAUAGUUUUUAACCCAUAUGAUCUCUGCAGUUAGUUUUCAUUCUAUUAUGUUGGCUGCUGCUUUUUAAUUUGUUCAUAUUUUCAGCAUGCUUGUUGUUUUCUUACAUUUUUGUGAUGUGCUCAAUUUAGACUUAUAAAACUGGGCUACCAGACUUGAACUGCAAAGCUCCGGACAUGCAUGAAAUAACAAGAAAUAGACCCAUAAAACUAUUUAUUUGCUACAAACUAGUGGUUGUCCUGAUGUUUGCUGUUAUAAAUACAGCAUUUAAUCAAUUUUCAUCCUGUUCAAGGAAACAUUUAUUCAUAUCAAGCUGUGAUGUAUAUAUCAAAUAGGGCAGAAUAUAAUUGUGGAAAAGAAGAAUAUAAAGGAAAAACCAUCUAAAUUAGGUCAAGAGCAACAUAUCAUGUUGCAUUUACAUUUAACAAGCACAUACUUAAAAUGGGAACUUGAAAAACAGACAAUUUUAACCACUUAUAUUUACAUAUAUUAAUAUUCUAAAAUAUAUCUGAAAACUUUUGCUCUAGGAACCAAUGUUUUAAAUUGGUUUAUUUAAAUUUUUUUGUGUAUCAAAUGAACAAGCUGUAUAAUCCUGUAAAUGGUUUUAGCAAGUCCUGACAGAAAUCCAUAAUUUACAGGAAGAAUAUAAAGAAUCUAUUUUCAUCUUGCUUAUUCAUACUCAGUAGUUUGCAUAUGAACAAGAAUUGCUCUAAAAGUCUCUUGGCAAAGCUUCAAAACAUCUCAAAGAUAAAUGAAAUUCUAUGGAAUCUGCAAAAUCUAUUUAUUUUACAUAUUAACAGGAGAAAGAAAUAUGUUGUGUUAUGGAUUUUGGAAUGCUUCUUGUUUUUCCAUCAAAAAACUGAACUGGGUAUUUAUGAGAUAAGAGAUUUUUCUCCAACGUAGUGCUAAAAUAAGUUUCUCCAUCAUGCCAAGGCAACAUGGCUAUUGGCUAUCUUGUCCAAGGAAGAUGGUGGGAAGUGGUGGCCAGUAUCCCAGAAACAGCAGUGGGAUUCACUUACCUUCCCUACCGGUUCGCAAAUAUGAGAGGUUGCCCGGUUGCGCUGGCUUUGCUUGCUCGCACCUCAUUUGAACAUGUGCAUUGCUUUCUGUACAUGUGUAGUGCUCGCGCAUUACAUUGGGGUGGGUGGGCGGAGCCUCCUGCAGCUGCCACCACCAGUUCUCCUGAAACAGAGAGAACUGGCUGAAUACCACCUCUGACCUGAAAGCAUCAGAUCGGAAGAAAGUUAAUUUCUAUAUACAGGAUGUAAUUUUAGGAUAUAAUCCUGUGUUUUAUUACUUGAAAGUAAACCCCAAUGAAACUUACAUCUGAAUCAAAAUUCCACUUUAAAACAAUUUUAAAUCUAUUCUAAAAGAUUGAACUAUAUAAAAUGCAGUUGCUUAAGGCUACAAUUCAAACAUAGUUGCAUAUGCAAAUCAAACUAUUUCUUAACAGGCCAAUUCAAAUGAAUUGAAAAGUCAAGACAUUUGGAAUAAAUAAAUGACAUUUUUAAAUUUCUUUUUGUGAUUAAUGAAUUAUAUCAAAGCCUUUUUUAAGUAUCGGCAGGAAGGGAAAUAUCUUCCCUGUGGCAGUGAGAACUGUGAUAUUUUUUAACUGAGACAUGCCUUGUUAACACAGCAAUUGUAUUAAGAACAAAAUUAUAGAAUGGGCUUUUCUAAAACCUUUGAAUUUAUUUACUCUUUACAAAUAUAUUUUAACUUUCACAUAUCAUAUUCCACUUUUUCUUAGUCUGGGUAUGUAAUAGAUGGACAUUCAGGAAGUUAAAAGUUUCCCAAGUCUAUUGUAACUUGCUAAGUUCUGGCAAAAUGUUUGGAAUUCUACAGCAAGGUUGUUCAGAAUUCCAUUCAUUUUCAUUUGUUCAAUGUGGCAAUGAUGAUUCUCUUCUGGAGGUAGAUUUCAACCAUCUUUUCGAUUAGGUCUUCUGUGAGCCAGAAAGAUUAUUUAUAUACUGGAAAAUCUUUACAUCCCAACAUCAAAGGAAAAAAAGGAGUUACAUUUUGAGUGACAGUGAACCUCUCUUAAAAACUGUCAAAAAAUAACAAAAAAGGUACCAAGCAGAUUAUCUUAUUAUAAUAGGGCAUUUCCCAAUUUCUUAGUGGUGUUUGUAAGAAUCAAGAAUCACCACCUAGAGUUCAGCGGUAGCCUGCUGGCAUUUUUAUCAUAUAGGGAUCUCAGAAAAAUAUAAAUUAAGUAUAUUUAAUAGAUUUAAGAUUCAUUAAGAAAAUGACAUGAUUCAUUCCUCCACGAAUAUUGUAUAAUUAGAGAGAAUGCUUUUUGUUCAUGUUUUAAGAUCGCUGCUCACCUCUGCCAAAUUAAAUUGGCUUCUAAAAUCUGACCUAAUUUCAGAAACAGCUUCUCAUUCAAUGCAGUUAAAAAUAAGAAAAGAAAGAGGAUAUACCUAUUGCCUUAGCUGUUAAUUGAAUAAUCAGGACCUGCUUGAUGUUUUAUAUGCUUCACUGUUAUGAAACACUAGAAAAUGAUUUUUUUUAAUAGGGCCAGAUCUUGAUCCAUCUUUAGAAAGAAUGUGAUUCCAAGACAGUGAAGUAUAACAUGGUGAUGCAAAGUAGGAUCUUUACUUCAAACAAAUUUGCAGGAUUAGCAAAUCCCUGGAUGGAUAUAGUACUGAAUUAUAGAACUAGAACAGACCAUCUAGAUUCCUGAAAGCAAUUAUUAAUGCUUAGUGCAGAAUCCAGAUUAUGGUAUCUGCGACAGAUGGCUAUUCAUUAAAGUUGUACGUGCUUAAAAAUGGUUUGGAUGAAGUACUUCAGAAAUUAUAUAAGUAGAGUUUUUCUCCAUUCAUUCAAUGAAGAAGUCUAACUGCUGCUACCUCCUAUCUAAAUUCCUCAUCAAAGCUUAAGUGGCUCUUAAAGCAGCUGCAGUUGAUUGUGUUAUCAAGCUGGACUUCUUCAAACUUUCUUCUUCUUCUUCUUCUUCUUCUUC